CUCUCCUCGACAGACCUCUUCUAUAUAAGGUCGACUGUCGCGCUCUGUUGUGAAAAUCAAAAGAGGACUCUCCAGGCAGCCUCAAGAACACAAGCCUUUGAACCUCGAUCAAGGUCAACACAACAACUCUCGUUCUUGACACAAGUUUCUCUGUCGUGUUUUACCUUUUUUUUUUCUUCUUCUUUCUCGCUCAAGCAUUACAAACGUCUCUCGCUUACGAGCAGCGUUGCCCGUCAUGCUUCUCAAACAGGUGCUCGUUACCGCCUUCUUCGCCCUCGGGCCGGUCUCCGCCAUGCCCGGCGCGCACGGCGACGCGGCCGACAUCGUGGACCGGGAUGCCGACGCCAACCUCGACGCCCGCACCGUGGUCGUUCCCAUCCACAAUUGCGGCAACGAUGCCAACUGGAGCGACUUCUGGAAGAAGUGCAUCUGCAAGGAACAUGACAAGAAGUGGGACGACAAGUCCAAGUCCUGCAAGUGCGACAACGGCAAGGUCUGGCUCGACCAUAAGUGCCAGUGGGACUGCGGCAAGGAUGCCAAGUGGGAUGACCACUCCAAGAAGUGCGAAUGCAAGGACCACGGCAAGGUCUUCAACCCCAAGGACAAGUCCUGCAAGUGCCCCGAUGGCAAGAAGUGGGACGGCCGCAACUGCGUCCCUGACUGUGGCCACGAGGCUCAUUGGGACAGCCGCGACAGGCGCUGCGAGUGCAACAACAACGGCAAGGUCUUCAACCCCAAGGACAAGACCUGCAAGUGUCCUGGUGGCAAGAAGUGGGACGGCCGCCAAUGCGUCCCCGACUGCGGCCGCGACGCCGACUGGAACGGCAAGGUCAAUAAGUGCAUCUGCAAGGCCAAGGGCCAGGUCUAUGAUCCGAAGAGCAAGACUUGCCACUGCCCCAUCGGCCACAAGUGGGACGACCGGUCCCAUGACUGCAAGAAGCUUCACCACUAAGAGGCUCGCGAGGGUUCAUGUACCGUCCCUGCUUGACGCGGCCGUGAGUGCGCUCCUGUUUCCAUGAUGGGGCCGUUUCGGAACGUGAAGAUGGGGGGGAUCAGAGCGACUGUCACAGUCGAGUACAUUUCUGUUUAUACGUAACUUAACUAGUAUUGUUGUUGUCGAGAGGGAGGAUGAGUUAGUCUUACACAAUGCCAAUCGUAGUUGACAUAG